AUGUCCCACCCUAUCAACAAAUUCCAACCGUUCCCCAAUUUCUACGUCUACCGACCAGGUUACAUGGUAGUUCCUCUGAUUCCCCUUGACGAGCUACCUUCCUGGAUCCAAGUCGGCGAUUUCGACUGGGGCGAUAGCUCGCUCUACGAGGCUAUGCUUCCCGCUAGCUUCAACUGUUUCCCCCGAAUAGGCGAAUACGACGUGAUUUGCCAUCAUUGCUACAAAGACGUCGACAGCUACCAUCGCAGCGUAUCUGAGAGAAGUGAUAGCAAUGCUUCUUCUCGGGCCUCUGAUCUUCCCAAGGGGCUUGGUGCUCAAUUGCCUGCGAAUUCUAUCUUGUUGGAUCCAUCCUUUAAGCUUGAGCAGCCGCCGUUUGGGGCAAGCUUAAAUGUUAGUCCGUUUGUCGGACUGUGCUUAUCUUCUCGGAAAAGACUGCGUGAGUGCUUCCAGCCCAAACAGCCUCGUCCUCCUGGGACUUCUGGUGGUGGACAGCCUCCUGAAUCUACUGGUGGUGAGCAGCCCUCUGGGACUACCGGUGGUGGUGGACAGCCUCUUGGGACUGGUGGUGGUGGACAGCCUCCUGAAUCUUGUGGUGGUGGGCAGCGUCCUGAACCUACUAGUGGUGAACAGCGUCCUGAACCUACUAGUGAUGAACAACGUCCUGAACCUACUAGUGGUGAACAGCGUCCUGGGGGUCGUCCGCCUGCGAAUACUCCUGAAAAUCCUCCUGACAAUAAUCCUGCGGAUUCGCCUAACCUUCCUGCAAACCCGCCUCUGAAUUCGCCGCCAGAGUCUCCGGAUCAUUCGAACCCUUCUCUGCCAGGGGAGGAGGGAACUCGUCUAGUGACUAUGUCACAUUCAGACCAAGAACAUCGGGCAAGCCAAGCGUCUCAGGCAGCACAAGCGGCUCAGGCAUUCCAGGAGAACGGGACUCACCAGACGGGCGAGGGAGCUCGGGCCUUUAUGAGAUUUCUAGACAGACGGAGAGGUCGUCCCGCAUCGGAAUCCGCAAUCACUUUUACAUCUUCCAUUCACGCCGUACAAAUUACUGGGACAGACCCUUCAGCUGAGGCAGAACAGGAAGGAGAAGCACCUCCCCGGAAUCAUGCAAACGGAGUCACUCCUGUAGAUACGCCAGGCCAUGCAGCUUCUGCAUCUGCAUCUGUUGAACAAGCUCAACCUCAGACGAAUGAAGGAGGUGAAGCUGCGACUUCAGGAGACACUGGAAACGGCUUCUUUGGGAGGGGGCGUGCGCUGCCUCGGAAUGGACUGAAUCGCCGGGGGCCGUCAGGAAUUCUUGUUGACACCGACGUGGAACAAACUGUUACUCAGAGGGAGGACGCUGAGACAGAUGCCGAGGCAUAG